UUUUCGCUGGCUUAACCUUUUCGUUUCGUCUCGUUCAUUUUCCACUUUUUCAUUUGCGGUUUUCGGGUCUUCAGAGUCUAUCUCUAAUAUCUCUAUAUUCUCCUCCUUUCUCUUAUGAUUCUUCUUCACCUCAUAUUUUCUACAACACAGUGAAUCGAUCCAUUAUUCGCUUCCGAUCGGAGUAAAAUGGCCGAUCAGUUAGCAAGGGCAGAGGAUUUCGAGAAGAAAGCUGAGAAGAAGCUCAGCGGUUGGGGCUUAUUCAGCUCAAAAUUCGAAGAUGCCGCCGAUCUCUUCGAUAAAGCCGCCAACUCGUUCAAACUCGCUAAAUCAUGGGACAAAGCGGGAUCUACAUACGUUAAGUUGGCGAAUUGUCACUUGAAGUUGGAAAGCAAGCACGAGGCUUCACAGGCUUAUGUUGAUGCUGCACAUUGUUAUAAAAAGACUAAUAUAAGUGAGGCUGUAUCAUGCUUAGACCAUGCUGUGAAUCUUUUGUGUGAUAUUGGCCGGCUCUCUAUGGCUGCUAGAUAUUUGAAGGAAAUUGCAGAGUUAUAUGAAUCCGAACAAAAUAUUGAGCAGGCUGUUGUUUACUAUGAAAAGUCAGCUGAUUUUUAUCAAAGUGAAGAGGUGACAACUUCGGCAAACCAGUGCAAGCAGAAAGUGGCCCAAUUCGCUGCUCAGCUGGAACAAUAUCAGAAGUCGAUUGAGAUUUAUGAAGAGAUCGCACGCCAAUCUCUAAAUAAUAAUUUGCUGAAAUAUGGAGUUAAAGGCCAUCUUCUUAAUGCUGGCCUUUGCCAACUCUGCAAAGGGGAUGUUGUUGCCAUAAACAAUGCAUUAGAGAAAUACCAGGAAUUAGAUCCAACAUUUUCAGGAACACGUGAAUAUAGGUUAUUGGCGGAUGUUGCUGCAGCAGUUGAUGAAGAGGAUGUUGGAAAGUUUACUGAUGUUGUCAAGGAAUUUGACAGCAUGACCCCUCUGGAUUCUUGGAAGACAACGCUUCUUUUGAGGGUGAAGGAAAAGCUGAAAGCCAAAGAACUUGAAGAGGAUGAUCUUACAUAAACUGUAAUCCAGCAUUCUGUUGGUUGGACAUAAUAUUGAUGGUUUUCUUUGUUCUAUGCUUGUCUAUCCUGUUGUUCCGUCCUACACUUGUAUUUUAGAGUGUAUUUGCUUUGGUUUCAAUUGAAUCGGCCGGACUGAAUUCAAGAAAUGAUUUUAUCGAGGUUGCUUGAGCUUGAGUAUGAAUGAAACUACUGUGAUAUCUUGUUAACA